AUGUCGAUGAGGUCCCUCCGUCUCCUCGCUAUCGCUGCACGCCCGCGGCCCGUGGCUGCGCGCCCGGCCGUUCUGGCGCUCGCUCGCCCCGUCCCCCGCGCCAUGCCUGCCAUGUCGCUGCGCUGGUCGUCAUCGGCGUCUUCGUCGUCGUCGUCGUCCUCUACCCCAGCUACCCCCGAGUCAUCUUCCUCUUCACCCGCGUCGGACGCGAGCGCCAUCGAGGCUCCCGCCGAGGGCGCGCCCCAGCGCCAGCAGAUCGGCCAGAUCGAGCCCAUGCUCGCCAUGACCUUUACGUGCACCGCCGGCGCCGAAAAGGGCAACCCCACGUGCGGGCACAGGAGCACGCACGAGUUCAAGAAGCGCAGCUAUGAGAAGGGUGUUGUUAUCGUCCAGUGUCCCAAGUGCGAGGCGCGUCACUUGAUUGCCGACCAGCUGGGCUGGUUCAACGAGAGCACCGAGGACGGCAAGCUGCGUACCAUCGAGGACCUCAUGCGCGCCAAGGGCGAGGAGAUCACAAAGGGCCGUGUCGACAUGAACGGCGACAUCGAGUACGCUCCCUAG